AUGGAAGAGCUGACCGAACAAAAAGAGACGAACAGAAUCAGGCAAGGUGCGUUUUCUGGCCCUUCGGGUUCAGAAGCAGCAGCAGCAGCAUCAUCAUCAGCGACGCCAACAACGCCUACAACGCCGACGAACUCACUUCCAUCCCAAAUCCCAGCACAGCCUUCCUACAAUACCUUUCGCUCCCCACAUUAUUAUGAAAACACCCAAUCUCCAUCACAUCAUGAAGGGUCAGCUGGUAACCGCCAUUACAACGCUGACCACCAUCCCUUCUCCACCCAUGAUCCCCUCUACUACCACCCUGAACACCGCAAAAGCGUGAGCUGGAGCCGGCCUUCUGCAACGGUUAUUCCCCCUCCUGUCCCUGUUCCCCUUCCAGACUGUCCUCAGGAGAUCCGCAGCAGCGCCUCGAAUGUCGCUGAUGCCGACUUGAUGCCACCUCCUUUCCGUCCCAUUUCCCAAACCCCACAGCCCACUCCGAUCCUCAAACCACCCACCAAGACGGACGACGAAACCCUCCAAAUGAAUCUUCGGGCCAUGCUCAGGAUAGCCGAUCGCCAGCUCGGCGCGUGCCAGGACAUUCUCAGCUCCAUGAGCCAGGAUCUCCUGCGUGAUCUCAUCCACCUGGAGAAUCGCUUGAUGUACGUCGAUUCCCUGAUACAGGAGGAUGAGAGGCAGUGGGGUAUGCUGCGCAGGUAUGGGAAGCCUCACAGAGUCUCCGUUCACUGUGGAUCUCGCGGUGAUGUCCAUGUCCAUGAAUACCGCUACGGCCGCGGUCGUGGUCUUAUGGGGAGUCGGGCUGCGCGUCCGACUGGGCCUGUGCGCCCGGAUCAUCGUGGUGGUAGUCGCCAGAGCGGCUGGGACGGUGCCGUUGCCUACGGGCGAGUGAGCAAGAAUGUGAGCAAGAAUGCGAGCAACAUAGGCGAUAUGACCGGGAUUGCGGCUAGGAUUAGACUUGGGUAUGAAGAAUUGAAGAAGGGCUAUUCUUCUCGGCAGAAAGCAAAAGAAAACCAGGACCAACACUGUGCCCGGGAAGGAUAUGAGACAGAGAUAGAGACGGAAGAUGAUGAUAGUGAUGAGGAUUACCAAUACGAGAAGUACGAGGAGGAAGAUUAG